AUGGGCCUUGCAGCAACGGUAGCAGCUGGGGGUGGGCCUCAAGCAAUAGAUAUGGGAGCUUUGUUCGGACUGGGAGCAAGACCACCCAUUCAGCCCGAGAAGAGCUGGUCGUGGGAGCCUCCUAGAGUGCAAUCGCGGAGAGAGCAAGUACAGCCAGCGAGAGUCGCUUCUAGCUUUGGUAUGAGUCUCGAGCAGUCGAUGGUAGGUGUGGGCUUUCCGCUACCACCACCACCACCAUCCUCGGCACUCUCAUGGCUACCGAAAAUGAGCACGGCCAAGCUCCCACCGGCACAGAUACCGGACGAAUCACAGAAAGCCAUCAGAGCAAGCAAAGUCGAAUUCGACAGUCUGCUACACUCUCUUGGAAAUAAUGACCGAAUCGACAGAGAAGCAAUCCAGCGACCCAUCACUUUCCUGCAAAGCAGUGAAGACGAGCCGCUAGCACAGAAUCUGGUCACGCUCUGCGACUGGAUGGCCACGAAGGAGGUUUCAGACGAGGUCAUCAUGCUACUGAUCUCGUGCGUCCAAGAUAAAGUCCGGCUGCGGACAAUCGCGUCAAAGCAGCUCGCGCCUGUAUUCGACUACCUGGUCCGGCAUGCGCAGAACCUCUCAUUCGAGUCAAACUUGGUCGGUCUACUCGACACAAUGGUGUCUGUUUCUGGCGAGACGUCGAUCCGACAACUCGCAAGGAGUUUAGAACAACUGCACGGCGCCAAACAAGCUGACGACGACUCGAUCCGUUUCUGGUUCAACAUUCUCGACUCCUGUGAAAUGAUGCAGGGCCGUCGCGCACCUCGCGUAGCAUGGGAGCAAUUCUACCGACUCUUUGCUCCAAAGUUUCAGCCCGCACAGCUAUCGGAGCACCUCUGCAAACUUCAAGACGAGGACUUGGCGGAAGUGAUACUCCGGUAUUGGGUGCCCAAGUACAUCCACGCACCAGUCGCGGAGAUACAAGAACCCCUUACCUACAGGACGUCAAUUCGUGUAAACCUGCACACACUGGACCGAGCGAAAGCUGGCGUGGUAACAGCAGCGAUGCGGGAAGACUUUACCGAACGUCGGAGCAAGAUCCGACUCGCGAGGAGAUAUCUUGAAAGACACACGCCUCUGACGACUUUGUUCGAAAUAUUAUCUGAGCGAGACAUUUCCUACAGCACACUAAUGCUCGACCUGACGAACAUGUUCGUCGAGCAGAACUGCUCCAACAAGCUCUACUCGCUAUUCCGUGGGGUGGAGAGAUCUCUACAACUAGGCAUACCGGUCAGCACGGCGGAUCGCAUCAUUGAGUAUCUUCAGACUUGCGGCAAGGACAUCGAUCUUGCUCGCGCGUUCCGGGUGUUCGAAGCUACGCCUUCCGUUUCUUUACUGGCCUGCGGCGACCUGCCUUUGACUCUUAUCCAUCGUGGUCUAGGCACUCCCGAUCGCAUUUUCCUGAUGCUGAAUCGCCAGCACGGACCCGAUAUCACGCAGGAGGAAUUCAGGACAGUGCGGAAAUUGUGUCUAUCACAGAGGCAUCUUAAGGUAGUCCAUUUCUCCGCCUAUCACUGGGCUGAAUCACGGCAUAAAUCCGCCCGCGUCGCUCUGCGAAGAGUCUGGGAAUGCUACCGCUUCUUGCAGGAUCGUGGGGCCGACAUCUCCGUUCUUGUAUCUCGUGCCCUGGUCAAAGCGGGAAUAUUGAGACCACUACAGGAGGGCAAGUCUGUUCCUAAGACACAAAUGCAAUUUAUCCUCUCCAUUGUCAAGGAGGUGGAAGGCCAGGACGUGGCUAAGAAACUGGAUGAUGCGAUUUGGGACUGGGGCAAGAAGUUGAGGGUCCCGGGCAAUGCUCUUAUGGCUGCGAGGCGUAGCUGGGCGGAACGGCGGAAGACGGAAGGCGUAGAAAGGGGCUUGAAGUGGCGGGUUCGAUUGUGGAGUCGGAAGCCUAGUAGGUGGCAUGACCAUCGAGGCGUACUUCCUGGGAGGGGAGAGAGACCGCGUGUGAAGCGGCAGGACGACGAGGAGAUGGUUAAGUUUCAGCCGCUCGCUGUUGAUCAGGAGCCUGACGAGAUGAGUCUGCAGUCGAACGACGGGAAACAGACAGAUACCCACGAUGGCCUUAGUCGCGAAACGCUUGAUUAG